CGCAGCUGCGACGCUAAUAAACGCCGAGGCGGUGGCAGCGGCCAACAAGGCUGCGGGGAUUCUCCGGUGCAGCUGUCAGGAGACUUCUUUUGAAUUUUAGUUGAAAUUCCCUCCAUGGUCUUUGGGAGUCCUUUGGUAUGUCUCCAGAGUAAAUUUCAGUUAUUCGACAUUUCAGCAGUGUUGCAGUGGAAAGAAAAAGAUAUAACAAACUCUCAACUUAAAAAAAAAGAAAGAGAAAAGCACCAAGAUGGGUGAAAAGAAACCAGAGCCUUUGGACUUUGUAAAAGAUUUCCAGGAAUACCUGACACAGCAGACGCAUCAUGUGAACAUGAUUUCGGGAUCAGUUAGUGGAGACAAAGAAGCAGAGACUCUUCAGGGAGCUGGAACAGAUGGUGAUCAAAAUGGACUUGAUCACCCAUCUGUUGAAGUUUCCCUGGAUGAAAACUCAGGAAUGUUAGUAGACGGGUUUGAAAGGACCUUCGAUGGAAAGCUCAAGUGUCGGUACUGCAACUAUGCCAGCAAAGGGACAGCCCGGCUCAUCGAGCACAUCAGGAUCCACACAGGUGAGAAACCUCACAGGUGUCACUUAUGUCCAUUUGCAUCUGCUUAUGAGCGCCAUCUGGAAGCCCACAUGCGUUCUCAUACUGGGGAGAAACCAUACAAAUGUGAAUUAUGUUCCUUCCGCUGCAGUGACCGAAGUAACCUGUCCCAUCAUCGAAGGCGCAAACACAAAAUGGUACCAAUUAAAGGUACCAGGUCUUCCUUAAGCAGCAAGAAAAUGUGGGGAGUUUUACAAAAGAAAACAAGCAAUCUGGGGUAUAGCAGAAGAGCACUAAUCAACUUAAGUCCACCUUCCAUGGUGGUCCAGAAACCAGACUACCUUAAUGACUUCACUCACGAAAUCCCAAAUAUUCAGACUGACUCCUACGAAACCAUGGCUAAAACUACACCAACCGGUGGCCUGCCACGGGACCCCCAAGAACUCAUGGUUGACAACCCUUUGAAUCAGCUCUCUACUUUAGCAGGACAGCUGUCCAGCUUACCACCAGAAAACCAAAACCCUGCUUCCCCUGAUGUAGUUCCCUGCCCUGAUGAAAAGCCUUUCAUGAUUCAGCAGCCCUCUGCCCAGGCAGUAGUCUCUGCUGUGUCAGCAAGUAUUCCUCAGAGCUCCUCCCCCACAAGUCCAGAACCUCGGCCAUCACAUAGUCAGAGGAACUACAGCCCAGUGGCAGGGCCGAGCAGUGAACCAAGUGCCCACACCAGUACCCCCAGCAUAGGAAACAGCCAGCCAAGCACUCCAGCUCCAGCCCUGCCGGUCCAGGACCCUCAGCUUCUACACCACUGCCAGCACUGUGAGAUGUACUUUGCAGACAAUAUCCUUUACACUAUUCACAUGGGAUGCCAUGGGUAUGAAAAUCCUUUUCAGUGUAAUAUAUGUGGAUGCAAAUGUAAAAACAAGUAUGAUUUUGCUUGUCAUUUUGCAAGAGGGCAACAUAACCAGCACUAAAUAUCAUCAACAUUAUUCUCACUUGGUUUGGCCUUUUGGGGGUUUGUAGUUUGCUCUUUAGUUUUGAUCAUCCCUAAUAAGGUAUCUGCUCACUUAAAAUUUAUACAUUCUAUUCAUAAAAUAGAAGUUUGAUAGUGAAAAGGGGUUUUGUUAACUUUUCAUAAAAGUCUGGUCAGGAUUAUUUAUGCAUUAGAUAGUCAGAUGCAUUGAUAUAUAUAUAUAUUUUUUUUUUUCUUUUCAUUUAGACCUGUGAGAGUUGAAGUACAGUUGUAAUCUUACCAGGUGUUCAGUUUCCUACACUUGUUCUUAAGGACUCCCAGGGUUAUCCGUACUCUUGAUGCUUCAGUAUAUAUAUUACAGCUAAAUAUUCUUUCUGCCAUAUUUCAGAAUGGCACAAUAAACUUCUCAUAAAAUCUUUUACAACAUUUCAGUGUUUAUAGAAAAACUGCCUUCAAGUUUGCUCUUAAUUAAAACUAUUUUCGUUCACAUAACUUAAGUUGAACUAGUUUCAUUAUAACCAAAACCAGUAGUUAUUUCAGUAUAAUAAGUCUUUUCAAGGGGAAAUAUAAAACAGUUGUUUUCAAAUUUGAAUUAUAAAAAUGAAAGUUUUAGAAGUAGAAAUUUGGGGCUAAAUUGAAAAUUGUGUUUGGUAUUUGAGAUAUCUGUUCAUUUAAUUGUCUAGUUUAAACAUGUUUUUCAUAUAUAUAAUAUAUAUAUAUAUAUUUGAGUAUUAUUUUAAAGCCACAGGUAAAUAUACUAGAGUGCUAGAUGCCUUUUUCAAUCCGAAUCUUUCACUUAAAUUCUCCAUUCAUUUAUUACUGGUGUGAGGUAAGAUUGACCACCAUAUAGAUUUGUUCUUCCUAGUCUUUGAUGACCAAAGAGGAAGUGGAACUCAUCCUUCUUAUUAAGAUGCUUCAAAACAAUCUCCAAAGUUUCCUUUUUUGCCUUUUGUACAUUUAUAUUGUCCAAAAUGUCCAAGAAAGGUGGGGAUAGAAACCCAGAAAAAUAUGAUGAGGAAAUAGCUACAAAACAGAGAUCAUUCCCGAACAGAUCCUGAUUUCCUCUGUAGAGUAGGCAAUGUAAAGUACUUUCUGUGAGUCUUCGUGGACAGUGACAGUGGGAUAGUCACCAUAGUGGGAAAGGAUAAGGAGUGAAAGUUAUUAUAAAGCACAUUUAAAUGUGACAUUUAAUUUGUUUAUAAUUAGAGUGGUUCAUUUUACACAGGAAGCUGUUAUUUUUGUAUUGUGUAAUAAGUAGUUUACUUUAAAGAGAGCCUGACAAAACAAUAAAACAUUGUCACUUACAUUGGUUUCUGUGUACUUUGCAAAUUUUUCAUUUGGUUAAUAUCUUGAAAAUAUUCCUAAUUGGCUUCUUAAAGACUAUCCUGUCAAGUAUUUAUUAACCAAAAAUGGCCUCUUAAGUAAGUAAGAGGGAAAUAUUGAUGGUGUCUACCCAUUAAGCCCCAAGUGCCCUGUUUAUGGAUCUGUGCCCUCCAGUGCUAGAAAGCCAUUCAGAGGGUGCCUGUGCUCACAUAACCAGUCUUGGCUCACCCCACCUGCACUGUUAAAGCACAGCACCAAAGACACUUUCUCUGUGACCCUAACGUUCCAGUGAUUUUGAUCUGUAGUUUAAAUCCCUCACUAGAUUAGUUUUAGUGCAACACUUUGCAAAUACAUAACUUGACUGUCAUGAUUAUCAGCAUCCCAAAAGAAACAGGUUGUUUGAAAACUUUGCUCUUUUUUAUGUUUGAUUCAGCUUAAAGCAAUACCCCCAAAUAGACAAGGAAAACUUCCCUGAAAGAGGAAGAAGCCCAGUGUAGGGCUGCAGACCUGUAGUCCCAGCUCUUGGGAAGCUGAGGCAGGAAGUUUGCUAGUGCCCAAAAGUUCCCUGCCAGGCUGGGCAAUACUGCAAGACACAUCUCAAAGGCCAAACCACCUGAAAGAGCUCUCUGUAAGCUAGCUUUAUCACCUCUCCAUCCGGGGCCAAACAGUGACAUGUGCAUUUUGUCUUUCCUAACAACUAAAGAUGAAUGUUUUGAAGUACAUUUCACUCUAAAUAUGAAAAAGACUUUUCAUAAUUACAAACUAGAAGGAAAAAAUCCGAAUUUUCCAAUAACAUGAAGAGCACAGUUGGUCUUCCAAAGGUGUUAAUAUAUAAAGCUACAAAUACUUUGAAAUGCACUAAAAGUUUGAAGCAAAUCUACCUUAGAAACAUUUUUGAAAUUGUACUUUUAAAAGAUUUAUGAUUUUGCUUAAAUAUUCUGAGUUAAAUUCUGUACUAGGAAAGAUGUUAGGUUCUUUCCUUAAAUACUAAAUAUGUUCCUCAUUUUAUUUUUAACCAAAUGUUUUAUAGAACUGAGUUGAGAAAAGUUUAACAUGCACUAUUUAUAGUACUUUGCCAUUAACAGGCAAUGUUCUGAAACUAAAUUUAUUUUUGUUCAGUGAACAUGAGUUUAGAUUUUUAAAGUUGGUAAUUUAUCUCCACUAAUAUUUUUUUAAGAAACUGUGAAGAGAUUAAUGGGAUAAUUUUAUUUCAGAUUUUACUAAUGUAGUGUGUAGCUAAAAUUUCUUGACAUUCAAGUGAAGACUAGACUUUCAUUUUGAAAUUUUUUCCAUUGGGUAGUUCCAGUGCUGUUUCAUUUUAGAAAUGUGUUUGCUGUUCACCUGCAGAAUUGUUUGACAAAGGGAAUAUUGCUAAAAUAAAAACAAAAACAAAAAACCCAGGUAAUUCUCUUUUAAGUUCUGCAAAAAUACUUGUCAAAUGAACUGUUACAAAAAAUUUUAAUUCCCUGCUAAAGACAUUUUCAUUAGUCUUAGGGAGUAGGUAUAUGCUUUAUAGAACUUGUUUUUGUUGAAACCUGGAUGUAUAGAACAUGUUUUCUAUGCGAGGUGUAAAUCUUGCAUUACACUUGUAAGAUACAUUAUAUUGUUUAGGGAUCAAGAAAGCAGUUUAAUGCUGAAGUAACUAUAGUAUGUAGUUUCUAUUGUGAAUAAUGCUUUGCUUUUGUAAUGUAUGAAUAAAAAUAACACUUUCUAAUAA